GUGGCUGGCUGGCUGACAACAUGUUCAGUCGUGGCCACCUCCUACACCUCACAGGAUCACUACCAUCUUGUCCUAGUUCCAUCCUUCUGGUAUCCUUCAGCGAGGCAGGCGUUGAAGGAGGAUUGAUUACUCUGUUAUUGAAGGAUAGUGUGGUGCUGAUGUGACGUGUAGUUUAAGGCUCUUGUGGAAAUCAGUGAAGGCAAAAGGGGCAUUUUCUACGAUACAAAAAUGACAAACUUCUCAACGAUACAAGACGCUAAAAUUCCCUCUACGAUACAAGGCCAGCUAAGACUCUACAAGGCCAGCUAAGACUCUACAAGGCCAGGUAGGACUCUACAAGGCCAGCUAGAACUCUACAAGGCCAGCUAAGACUCUACAAGGCCAGCUAAGACUCUACAAGACCAGCUAAGAAUCUCUACAAGGCUAGCUAGGACUCUUCAAGGCCAGCUAAGACUCUACAAGACCAGCUAAGACUCUACAAGGCCAGCUAAGAAUCUCUACAAGACGCACAUCAGCAGGAAAGAUUGUCAUAUCAGUAACUCCUCAAUGGUUAUAGCCAAGUCCCCUGAUGUAAGAAAAAGGUGUUGAGUACUUGUGUUGGCUCGAGUACUAGUGUUGCUCUAAGUACUAGUGUUACCCCGAGUACUAGUGUUGCCCCGAGUACCAGUAUUGCUCCGAGUACUAGUGUUGCCCCGAGUACUAGUGUUGCCCCGAGUACUAGUGUUGCCCCGAGUACCAGUAUUGCUCCGAGUACUAGUGUUGCCCCGAGUACUAGUGUUGCCCCGAGUACUAGUGUUGCCCCGAGUGUCUGUGUUGCCCUUAGUACUCGCUCCUAUUACCUGUGUGACCCAGUAUAGGUGUUGUGAAUGAGCAGAAUAUCAAAGAGUGUUGAGUGUUGGCGAGGAGAGGCUGAGAGAGAGAGAGAGAGAGAGAGAGAGAGAGAGAGGACGUGUGUACUACUAGCACCACAACAGAUAUACAACAUGGCGGAGGAGACACCAGAAGUAGUUGGACUGAGAGAAAAAGAGGCUGACGUAGGGAUGGACACGUCGGAUGAACCAAAAACAGAGAGGCGGAGUCGACUACUAAGACAGACUGGCCUGGUGAUGAUCGUUACACUCUGUUACUUCUCACUGGGCGCCGCGUUACCUUGGCCCUCCCCGGCACUCUCCAGUCUGGCCGAGAAUAAUGCCACAUUGUUUGGUGUUCAGAUCUCCCUCAACUCGGCCGAGAAGGACAUGACUGGUAGCUUGAUGUACCUGGGGACGCUGGUCGGGGCUUGGGUAUCUGGGUGGCUGGUGGCCAAGGUGGGGCGCCGGCUGUCGCUGCAGAUAUCGGUGGUGCCGUUUUUAGGAGGAUGGUUGAUCGUGGCCCUCACCCCUAGCACACCUGUACUCCUUAUUGGCAGGUUCAUCAUCGGCAUAGCAUGUGGCGCCUGCACCAUCGCUGGGUAUGCCUACGUCAUCGAGCUGUCUGAUAUGAGCAUCCGGGGCAUGAUGGCCACCCUGCCCACCAUGGGAGUAGUGUUGGGCGGCCUCUACACCGUGUCCCUGGGGUACGCCCUCCCCUGGCACUACCUUAGCCUGGUGUGUGCGGUGCCUCCACUUCUGUUCUUCUUUGCUUCCUUUCUCCUGCCGGUGUCCCCGUCCUUCCUGGUGGUACAAGGCCGCCGUCAGCAGGCCAUCAUCAUCUUGAGAAGCCUCCGGGGAAACUACGCUGAUGUUGAGGGGGAAGUGGCGGAGCUGGAGCGUCGCAACGCCGGCACCACCGACGGGAAGAACUCAGGGUGGCGCGCCCUGCUGGAGAGAGAUGUGAUGCGACGGAUAGCGGUGGUGACGAUGCUCUUCUUCCUGAUGCAGAUGUGCGGCAACUUCGUCUUCAUGAUCUACACGGCGCGGAUCCUGGAGGCCACGGGGGCCCCAAUGGACCCUGACGCCAUUACGGCCAUAGCGGGGGCCCUCAGAGUCGCGGGGACACUGGCCGCUAUCUUCCUGCUGGACAUCGUGGGGCGCCGUUACCUGCUGGUCAUCACCCACGCCAGCAACGCCACCUGCCUCAUCAUCCUGGGCGUGUACGUGUACUUGGCAGAGCGCGCCGCCCCAGACGACCCUAUCUUCCAACAGUUCAUUGGGGACAUCGGCAUCCACCCAGUCCCUUACAUCGUCUCCUCCGAGUACUUCCCUACCAGCAUCCGCCCUCAGGCUUCCUCCGUGUGUAUCUCAGCGGGCACAGUCAUCACUUUUGCGACGCUUCAGUUAUACAGUCCCAUGCAGGCGACCCUCACCCAGGCUGGUCUCUACUUCUUCUACGGCGCCGUCAGCUUCGUCGGGGUGAUCUUCUCCUUCUUCGCCGUUAUAGAAACCAAGGGCAAGAAUGUAGGGUGAAUGGGCAAGUGUGUAAGAAGAAGGGCAAGGGUGAGGGGACAAGGGUAAGAAGAAGGGCAAGAGUAGGGUGUAGGGAUAAGGGUGAGAGGAAGAGCAAAUGUCAAUACACUCCUCCUCCUCCUUCGCCUCCUCCUCCUCCUACUCGUCUUCCAUAUUACCACCCCUACACCUCUAUUAAACACCCCUCCCCCUCCUAAACUCACACUAGCGAGAUUAACAUUGAAUCCGUCGGUUAAUCCCCCAAUUAACCGGGUUGUUCACAUAAAUAAUUAUUGGGGUUUUAGUAACGAGACCCAAUUGAAGUUCCUUUGUUUUAUUAUAAAAGGAUUAUGUCUAUAAUUCCUGAGUGUAGAUCAACCGUAAGUUCCACUGUAUAUGAGUGAACGAGAAAGAAGGACGGUGUUUAUGUAAAUAUAAACGUAGCUCACGUCCGUUCGAUAGUAGUUGAUCUGAGUGACUAAGCAAGGGGCGUCGCUAAUGCGCACUUACAAAGUUGCUGACAUAUGGGCUUGUCCCUCUUGGGAAAGCUACCGUUCACGUGUACAACUCAUGUCUUACUCAUACACAGUGGAAAGUUACAGGGGGUGAAAUCUGAAUAUAAUAUCAGAUGUAUUGACCCAUUUAUAUAAUAUGUUCUGUUGAUGAGACAGGGGCCCGUUACAACAUCACUUAUCAGGCUAACAUACCCCAUCCCACGUGUAAGAGAAUAACAGAAAACGUACACAUUACUCGAGAGGAAACGAAUAAAACGAAAAUUCAUUUGUGGGUAACUUACAAAAAAAGAAUAUACGACAAAAACAGCAAAUUCCACUUUAAACCUCAAGUUAUCAGUCACAGGUAUUCCUAUAAUGGCCGGAUAUAUCAGCUACCUAAACAAAGCUACUGGAGAAAGAAAAAACUCUUGUGGUUGUAAUGUUAAUGAGUGUAUGGAUAUUGUAACGUGAUUGUAUUGUUGUAAUUAAGACUCUUAUUGUCCAUUGUAUUUUAUAGUAUUUUUUUUUCUAAUGGUGAUAGGAAGAGAUACUUCAGCGUGUGUGUUUAUAAAGUCUUUGUUCAUUUUUAAUCUUUAAUAAUGGUGGUACAGCGGUAAUGCACAUAACUCUCACCAAUAUGUCAAGGGUUCGAGCCUCGGCUCGGACACACGUGAGAAGGGUGUUAUCUAGUGUGACCCUACCAACUACAGGUUUCCCGGCCCCCGGUUUCCUCCUGUAAUAACACUGGAUAAACGGCCCAAACGGCUAGUAAGCUGAUAAGUGGCGAAUAUGAAAAAAAAAUGGUUGUAAAUGUGAUUACUGCAAAUUUUUAAAACUACAUUACAAAGGUUCUUUUUAUUGUUGCUGAUAUUUAUAUUCCCUAGCUCUGUUGAUGUUCCUUGGCACUGUUGCUGUCACCCCUCCCUCACAAUUCCGUCACAACUCCCUCACCUCUCCCUCACAACUUCCUCACAUCUCCCUCCAUUAAACAAAAUUUUUAUGAGGCCGUGUAACAAGUAUUCUAAGGACGACACACACUUUGUAUAAUUUUUAGAUUUUUUUGAUUUACAAUAUAAUUAUUUCUUAGGA